AUGGCGACGGCAAAUCUCCAGCCAGGCGCGCUGGCGGUGGAGAGUCACAAUGGCUCUGACCCCUUCACCACAGCCUCGCAGGACGCCCAGAGGCAGCGAUAUUCUGCCUUCGACAACUCGCAGUUCUCCUUGUAUCUGAACGGAUCUCCGAUGCAAGCAAAGAGGGCAUUGCAGGCACAUCUUUCCGAAACAACACGCAGGCUGCAAGAGACAUCGCAUCUGGGUAAUGCGCUUGUCCAACAGCGGAAAGAGUUAGAGGAUAAGCUGAAGGAGGUGGAGCACCAGCAACAUGACAAUGACAUCGGACCAGAGCUGCGCUCGAGGCUGGCCGAACUCGAAAAGGAGUUCAAUGAGGUGGGGAGGGAGACGGCCCGCGCUUUCCUCCCUAGGUCCCGCGUACCGAGUGGUGAGACCGACACAACAGCUGGCGCUUCAGUAUACUCCAGCGAAGCCCACCACUCGCCCACCAAGGUCAGCGUCCCAUCUCGGAAACAGCGAAAUCAACAGCCUAGCCGUAUCAACGAUAUUGCGUUGGCUACUGAGAUCUCCACAUCAUUACUAUCUCAAUUGAAGGACCUUCAAGCUGUCUUGCUGGAAAAGGAUGAGGCGCUCAAGGCAGCUGACCUGGAUAGGUCGCAGCUUGAGAUUGAGGUUGAGGGCUUGUCACAGCGCCUGAGGACAUUGGACGAAAGCGAGUCACGCCUCAAGGACGUCAACUGGAACUUGGAAACCCAGGUUCGCGAGUCGGAAGCGCAAUCAAAGUCGGCAGCAGAUAAGGAGCAUCGCCUAAAUCAUGCUCUGAAUCUCGCCCGUUCUGAAAAAUCGACUUUGGAGCGAGAGCUCGAAGACCUGAAGCAGUUACAUGCAAAGCUUAACGAUGAUCACAUCAACAAGACCAAGCAGCACGAGACUGAGCUAGUAGGCCUGCGCCGGAACGUGACUAUGGGGGAGGCAGAGAGGGGCGCUAUGCAGCGUAAAGUGGAAGAGCUUACGAACCAGAACCAGGAGCUAGCGAGAGCUGUCGCUUAUCGCCUGAAGGCCGAGGACUAUGUCGCAGCCGAAGAUACGUCUCCAGAUGACGGUGGCGAAGAGGGUGACAAUCAAACCCCCGAACACUCCCCUCCGCCGUCCCCAAACAAAGCGACACCACGGCACGGUAUGCUCGAGUCAGAGACUUUGAAGCACUCUCUACAGCACGCCCAUCGCAUGAUUCAGCAGCUCAAGAACAGUAUCCACCGGGAGAAGACCGAGAAGGUUGAGCUGAAACGCAUGCUUCAAGAGUCUCGCGAUGAGCUGGAAACAAAUCGCUCUCAAAAUGGGCCAAGCAGCGCAAGCAAGCGGAAAAAGAACGACAAGGACAUGUUCAAGAAGCCUGCUCGGCCUGACCGUCUGGGGGCCCUUCGAUCGGGGACUCAGGAGGUUUUGGUGGAUGACGAUGAAUGGGAAGAACAAGAGGGCAUGCCAAUGACACCAAGUCGCCAAUCUCGGCCCACCCACGUCGUUCCUGGGGCAUUUAGUAGUGGCUUUAGUUCUGCUGCCGAGACCAGUGCUAAUGAGGGCUUUGAGACAGCCAACGAUAUCUCGGAUGCUGCUUUCGAGACGGCCAACGAACGUGACGGCAUGACAACCGAGUCGGAUGCGUUCCAGACCGGGGCCGAGACUCUUGAUGGCGAUAGUAGCGACGAUCUAACCGAGACUGAAGCUGGGCCUUCUCUAUCCAGUGCACGUCGCGGUAGGUCCAGAGGCGACUCGUACGAAAGCACGGCAUCUGUCUCAGGCGAUGAAUAUGAUGAGAUGGAUCUGAGGACGCCCAUUCAUAGUCAGCAACCUCGAUUUAGAAUGAAAUCUAGACGGGGCAGCUCCCGAAAAUCAACACCACGAGGGAGUUUGGACUUUUUUGCUGGGACGCCCCCUGUUUCCAGGGAUUCUCCUGCGAGCUUCGUCAGCCAUAGCAAUGAGGGCACUCCAGCUCAAGGCAAGAGCCUCUUCGCUGAGCUUAACGACUUGAGCGGAGACGAUGAUGAUGGCAGCUUCGCCGAGGGUACGCCAAGUCGUUCCAGCGAAUUGCUCUCUCCAGAGUCAUCGCCUGACGCCCUUCGGAGGUCUGUUCUUGGUAGAUCACAUCUCGGGGCAAUCGUGUCUAAACCGGCAAUGGUCGACUCGGGGACAAUGACAGAGCGCGAGAUCACAAAGCCUGCGAAGUUGUCCUCAAUCUGGAGUCAACAUACCCAGCCACAAGCUGCUCGUCCAACUGCGUUGCAAGUGUCAUCGCUUUACGCGCAAGACACACGCCCACAAGCUCCACCGCAGCAGGAUCUUCGGCUCUCUUCCCUUUCCUCGCAAAAUACUCUGCCCAGGGUCGCUUCGCCUCCAACGCUUCGCUUCUCGAGCGUGGCUGGACAUGCUACUACUCCUCGGUCCCCCCCUACGCCCUCACUAGCUAUAUCAUCCUUGUCAGCGCAAAUAACAGUACCGCAACAUCCUCCUACGCCAAUGUUCCAUAUGUCAGCAUUGGCUGCCCAGGACACUGCACCGCGAGCUGUACCUACCGUGCCAUUGAACAUCUCUUCAGUCUCCACUCACACCACAGAGCCUCGACAUGCGGCUCAUCCGUCUCUUGGUGUAUCAAUGUUCUCAUCUCACGAGACAGAGCCUAUUGCGCCGGUAUUCGAGAAGGUCGUCCCCCUUCCUCUGGACGUAUCGAGUAUUGCACAUCAAACUACUGAACCGAGGGAAGGCUUCGUUUCCAAGUCAUUGGCUCCUGCUGCGUUACUUGAGUCUGCCAUAUCUGCGCAAUCAACAGAGCCCAUGGGGCAGUCUCCGACUGCAUCAUUCGUUCCAGGUUCCAGGGAUCUAGUGUCAGAGGAGCCUAUUCGUAAGGAAAUAUCUCAGAGCACAGUAUCACAGGUACCACUGCAGAUGUCAAAUCUGUCUGCUCAUGCAACCGAACCCAAGGAUGUUCCUCGUCAUGCUCUUCCGACGCUUUCCACGAUGUCAUCGCAAGCAACCGAGCCCAAGGACGUUCCUCGUGGUGUCCUUCCAACAUUUUCUACGAUGUCAUCACAAGCAACAGAGCCACUUGCGCCAAAGCCUGCUGCUCCUCAGCUUUCCAUAUUGUCGUCUCACGCUACGGAGCCACUCGCGCCGCGAAUCCCCCCCUUGCAGUUGUCGAUGUUUUCGUCAAAAUCAACUCAGCCUGUGGAUCUGCCCAAGCCUGCACAAUCGCAAAUGUCUGCCCUAUCAUUCCAGGCAUCUCAACCAGUCGCGUCCUUGAGACCAGCACCAUCGGCGAUUUCUACCAUGUCUUCGCAGACGACUGAGCCGGUCGAGCUUCCGAGAACGGCGCUUUCGAAAUUAUCAGUUUUCUCUUCCCAGUCUACUGAUCCUGUCCAACCACGCCAAAGGGCGCUGCCUCAGGUAUCAGCCAUUGAAACACAGCAUACUGAGCCUAUUGCAGUACCUGCAGCCUCACCACCUCAACAUCACUUCUCGAACGUAAGGACUUUACAAGAUACUCAGCCCGAGUCCCCGACACUGCCGUCAUUCCUCCCCACUCCGACAAGCCGGCCGUCGACGGCGAAUCGUAUUCGUCUUCCUAUUUUGGCACUAUCUUCGGUCUUCUCGAAAGAAACCAAGCCAUCCAAAUCCCAAAGACCAGUCACUGCGCACCGAACAAGUCCAAUUCCUCUGUCAACUUCUGCAAGAUCUGCGCAGACAGGAGAUGUUGAAAACAAAAAAUCGAGCACGACGAAGCUUGGAUUCUUCGACUCUGUCCUGCCUUGGGGUACAGACAGACAGGUUGAGCCAACAUCAACAUCCGUCAACGUUAGGGGUGAUCGCAUGCCCCUCACACCUACUAGUGCCAACACAAUUUCGAAGACGCAAAGAACGCCAAUGGCUGAUGGAGGCACUCAAACCAUGGUGUCUGCUGAACAGAUUGACAGACUGCUGCUCGCUCGAAGCCAACAACGCUAUUCUGGAACUAUCGCCACAGCCGGCGUAGAGAAAUCCAUGUCCCCGCCUCCAUCACCCGCCAGGAAGAACUCUAACGAACCUGGUCGAACUCCUAGGCGUCCUGGUAGUUCCGGAAGCAUUCGCUCACGAGCUGCAACUCCACCACCACUUCCGCCUGACCACAAGGAGGUUAUUGCUGCGGCUGCCCUUAAACCGUUGGUUCCUAGUAGUCCUGGAACCAUGGGCCCGCCCAUGAUGCCAGCGUCAGCCUACAAAAAGCGACCUGAAACACCCUCAAUCAAAACAAGCAAUACCGGGUUGACUCCGAAGACUGGCGGCACUACUCCGAAGGCUCGCCGUCACUCACAGCGUGGUGAUGCUCGAAGUGGCGCAUCAUCUCCCCUCAGUCGUCGAUCAUCAUUGUCCUCGUUUACUUCUGAAAUAGAUCAGCGCUUCAAUAUUCCCGGUGUACCAUCAUUCGCUCCAACUGGAGUACCGGCUGGUACAACGGACCCCCGCAUGAUCCAGGCCAUCACUCAGACGAUGAUUGGGGAGUAUCUGUGGAAGUACACUCGCAAAACAGGUCGAGAGGGCAUGUCUGAGAAUCGACAUCGCCGUUUCUUCUGGAUCCACCCCUACACGAGAACCCUCUAUUGGAGUGACCGAGACCCACAGACUGCUGGCAAGGCUGAGCUAAAAGCCAAGAGUGUAGCUAUUGAGUCUGUUCAAGAAGUUAAUGAUGGGAAUCCUUUGCCUCCGGGACUUCACCAGAAGAGCUUGCUCAUUCUUACACCAGGUCGUGCUAUGAAGUUUACUGCGACCACUGGUCAACGCCACGAGACUUGGUACAAUGCUCUUAAUUACCUUUGUCAACGAGUGGAAGAAGGCGAUCAGCCAACGCAACAGCAAGGGCAGAAGCCGGUGGCCACUGACGAAAUUCAAGACGAAUUCAAUGCUGGAUACCGAAGCUCAUCGCGACAGACUGGUCGUUCCAUGGCCUCGUAUAUCAGUCGGCGCACUUCUUCCCCUCAUCAUGCUCAGGUACCGACGCUCCGUCAAUCAACGGUCACGCAAAGACGUGCACUAUCAACUGAGCCCUCCCAGAGUUCUGUCUCUAGCCGUUUCAGCAAUAUCCUUCGACCUACCUCUGCUGUGCGAGGGUCAUUCUCUAGCCGCCGAAGUCGAACUAGCGCGCAAGAUUCCACAAUGUAUGAGGAGCCCAGCAACACUCACAUGGAUCUUGGCCGCGACAUCCACGACCAUGUGGAACGUGACCUGGAUGCUAUGCCCAAUGUCCGGGCAUGCUGCGAUGGCAAACACGAUGUCGCCCACCUCCACCAGCAUUCCACAAAAGGCCGACAUGGCAAGAACAUACACUCUCGGCCGUCUCUCAUUGGCUCUCUGAGCUCACGCGCUCAAUCUCGCACCGAGUCUCGUACUGAGUCGCACACCGAGUCUCGAAACGAAUCUCGGAAUGAGUCACGUAACGAGCGAAUCCGCCACCAGACUGAGUUGGAAGCAGCGAACUAUGGCGCGGGUGCUUAG